AGUCGGGUGCAGAGUUGAAGAAGACUAGUGUUGUUUACUUGCAAUUGAAAUUUGAGUGUGUUAUUUAACAGCCGUUAUUGAAUAGUCUUGUGCAUUUUUGGUGUGAUAAUAAUGGCAGGGGGUUGUUAUUCGUGCACCAAAUACUUAUUCGUUUUUCUCAACUUCAUAUUUUUGGUGUUUGGGAUAGCAGGAAUUGCUGGUUCAGUUUAUAUGUUGGUUGAUCCAACAUUCUCAUUUCAAUUCACCCAAAAUCCUGGUGAUGCUACUAUUUCUGUAAUAAUCCUUCUUGUUGCUUCAAUUAUCCUUUUCUUUGCUGGAGCCCUUGGAAUAUGGGCCACCAUUAAGGAAAGAAGAUGGGGGGUUGUUUUGUGCUUCUGUUUCCUCCUUAUUAUUGUUGUGGCUCAAGUAUCAGCUGGAGUUUGGGGUUACAUCCACAGAGAUAAUUUGGAGACGCAAAUUCGUAUCACCGUUAAGGAAACUGUUGAACGUGAUUACAGGGAUAAUAAAAAUAAUAUUCGCGCCUUGUUUGAUACGUUCCAGGAAAAGCUUGAGUGUUGUGGUGCUGAAAAACCUAGCGACUGGAUGAACACUGGCGAAAUUAACUAUGGAAUAACCAAUUCCAAAUCGACUUAUUCCAUCCCAGAAAGCUGUUGCCGCAAAUCCAUAAGCAAGGAUCAGUGCAUUUCGGCUACACACGACUUGAAAAUCGGCAGCCAAAUCAAUUACAGUUCUAUCUAUGAGAAAGGCUGCUACACUUUAAUCAUUGAAAAACUCAAGGACUACGUAAACGUUAUUCUUGGCGUUGGAGGGGCUAUUCUUGCAAUCGAGCUUCUUGGUUUGAUUCUUGGAUUAUGUUUGGCCUUCUCAAUGAACAGGCCAAACCGCUACAAGGCUUAAUUGUAAGCACAAAAUUCGUUUAGCAAAAUAUUGCAUUAAUUAACUUUACGUACAAAUGUCGUUUAAAUUUAAAAAAGAGCGUUAUUUUCAGAGACGUUUAUACCAAAAAAUUAUAUUUAUCUAUUCUUGAACUGUACAAAUCUAUGUUUAUCAAAUACAUGUAUUAUUUAGAUUUUUUAGGUAAUGGCUCUGAAAUAUACCAUUGUGCCAUAUUUUUAAAGUUGUAAACCUUUAUUUAACAUUAAUGCAGUUAUUUAUAAUUGCUUUAAAAAGUGUUACUUGGUGAUUUUUUUAAUGGCGGAGAUGCACUUCGAUACGUUGUAAGCGACCAUUAAGAAAGUUAGGAAAAAUAAUUAAAAAAAUCUGUCUGCUUUCUUCUUUUAGAUAUUUGUUAAAGACGGAAUAAGAAAUACUAAGGAUGGUGGAUAUGCUAUUUAGACUACUUCUUGUUAUACAAAAGUGUGGUUAAAACUGCUUUACAAUUUUCAUUAUACGAGGUGAAAUCAGAAGGAAUUUUACACAUUUGAUUUUGUUGGUACUGUAUUUCAAUAUACUUUAAUAUUUUUAAUAUUUAAAAUUGACACUCCUGUUCAAUGCCUUAAUUUUACUUAACAUUCGCAUUUUUAAAUAUAAAUAUAUUUCCAACAAUUAAAUAUAAAAGAUAACAGAAAAUUCUAAACAAAAAGAAAUUUUAAAAACAACAGCAUUUUGAUGAAAUUAUUAAUUUUUGCUGCAAAAAUCCAUAUAUCUACCACUGAUAGAUAUAUGCAUGAAUCCACCAAAUUAUUUUGUUUUACUCAAUGCACAGAACAUAAGACUCAAUGUAGCCAAUUAUAAAUUUAGGGUCCCUAGAGUUUUGACGUCAAAUUCCGAAUAAAAAAAAGAAAGUGUAGGUCCAUGUCAAUAAAUGGCUUAAAAUCGUUGCCAACAUAUUCAUAGCACCUUGAUGGAAAAAUAAAACCAAAAGGAAUUAUUUGAGCACUUUACCACAAAUAACAGUUAAGGACACAUAACGUUCUAUUAAAAAUGUUGUCAAGUUUCCAAAAAUGAAGAAUUUGGGUUCUCAAUCUCUUCAUAUCUUGGUGGAUUGAGUAGAAUUUUUAUUAUUUUUUACCUGACUUUAUCAAUGGUCCCCUUAAACAAACCAAAGAGCUCCGCCAUUAAAAUAUCACCAUAUAAGUAUAUAAAAAAAAGUUUGUUUAGCCCAUUGAAAUACUAAAAGUGUUAACAGCAAUUGUAUACAUUAACUACAUUUUAUUUUUUUGUAGAUAGAUUUACCCUUAAUUUUAGAUUAGGUUCAUCACUAUUUUAAUGAGUUUCCGCAAAAAACAGCAUUAAUUCAUAAACAAAUAAUUUAUACCAUUUUUAUGAUUUAUUAACAAGGAGUGAGUUAAUAUUAAAACUAAAAUAUUUAUAGAGUUACUUUGCUAGUCCAUUUAUUAAGACGUUUUUAAAUUAUAUUUUAAAAUAUGCCCAAAAAACAAUCUCAU